AUGGAGGACUAUAAGCCAAUGUCUAUGCCACUUGUAACAAAUUGGAAGAAGGUUGAUGCUUCUAGAUCAGAGGCAGUGGACCCAACUUUGUAUAGACAGUUGAUAGGCUCUCUUAUGUAUUUGGUCAACAGUACGCCAGACAUUUGUUUUGCAGUGAAUUCACUUAGUCAGUUUAUGGUGGAACCUAAACAUGUGCACCGGAUAGUUGAGAAGCAUGUUUUGAGGUAUCUCCAAGGCACAAUUGAUUAUGGAUUGAGGUAUAUUCAACAUGAUAGAAUGAAUCUCAAGGGGUAUACCGAUGCAGAUUGGGCAGAUAGUACCACUGACAUAAAGAGCACUUCAGGGUGUUGCUUCAGCUUGGGAUCAUGA